AUAAUACAUAUAUUUAUUUACUUAUAUUGCGCGCGAUUGUAUUAUAUUAUAUGUAUGUUAUAAAUACAUAUAUUUUAUGUAUAUUGUAUAAAAUUGAGUUUCCCAUCAUAUUACAUAUGUAUUUCAUAUACAUAUUUGCUGCAGUUGAAUGCUGACAAAUGUGCAAGUCAUGCGUACGUAAACAAAAAUUUUAUUUAUAUCAAUUGUGUGUCCGAUUCUGUUAUGAAAGCUUUUCUAAAUUGUGUCUCUCUCAAAAAAAGCUCGCCCAGCAUUACUUAAAUGAAGCCUCAAAAAUGAUGUUCUCUUGUCAGUAAUAAAACCCGUAGCCGGCAACACCCCAAUUUCAAUUCUGUUCCGUUCUGCCUGUUUUGGUUGACAUCAUGCCGAAAUUAGUGCUGUAUGGCCUGGACUUGAGUCCUCCAGUGCGUGCCUGUCUUCUGACAUUUCGCGCCCUCGAUCUACCGUUCGAAUACAAGAAUGUGAAUCUGCUGGCUGCCGAGCAUUUGAGCGAGGAAUUUCUCAAGAAGAAUCCACAGCACACAGUGCCCUUGCUGGAUGAUGAUGGCACAUUCAUUUGGGAUUCGCAUGCGAUUUGCAGCUAUCUGGUGGAUAAGUAUGGCAAAUCGGAUGCACUGUACCCCAAGGAUUUGGUAAAGCGAGCGCUUUUGCAGCAACGUUUGUAUUUCGAUGCUAGCAUUCUCUUUCCCUCGCUGAGGAACAUCAGUUUGCCAUUCUUCUUCAAGAAGGAAACUCAGGUGCCCCAAGAGAAGAUCGACAAUGUGCGCGAAGGGUACGAGCAUCUGGAGAAAUUUAUCGGCGAUAAUCUCUAUGUGACGGGUAAUUCGCUGACCAUUGCGGACUUCUGCUGUGCAGCAACGAUGUCCUCACUGGUGGCUGUUUUGGAUGUUGAUGCCGUUAAAUAUCCAAAGAUGCACGCCUGGCUGGAUCGUCUGGCAAAGCUGCCAUACUAUCACGAGGCCAAUACUGUUGGUGCCGAGAAGUACGUCAACAUCAUAAAGAACGCAUUUACAAUUGUUUAAGUUGAUUCGAUUGAAAUGAAUUAUAUCAAAUAUACAUAAAUCAAGUUUCACAUA